CGGAGAGAACCCUAUGGGAACAUAGGAAAGUGGGAUCCUCUUCCUCUUCCUCUUCCUCACUCUCCAUAGAACGACAGUAGUCGUCCUGUCCUGGUCUUGCUCCAGGACCGCCCAUUAAGGUACCCUGCAAUGUGGGCUCGAAGUGGGUCCUACCGCCCCGGCCUCCACUUCGGAAAGGCUUCCUGAUUGACCUUUCCCACGACAGCAAUGGCGAACAACUCCCGGGAGGAGCCCCGCACCGCUCCCCUCCCCGAUCGCUGGUACAAUCUCACCCUGGGCUCCUCCUUCUCCCACCAAUCCUCCAGCAAGUACUGCACCCUCCGCUAUGAAUUUAAACCAGCUUCUAUCGACAAGACGAAACCUGGGAAGCUACAGAAGAACACAGAGAACAGGGUUUCUGUGGAAUUCCAGAACAAUCAGCCGGGAAAGCCCAAAGUUGCAUUUGAGGGCAGUAGUGAAGAUUACAAAGACAAUGAUGCUGUGUUAUUUUUUGAUGGUGAGACUUUCCGGUUGGAACGUCUCCAUCGUGCGGUGAAGCAGCUGAGGCAUGUUCGUCAGCCUGGUGAGUCUGCUUCUGCCGCCGCCGCUUCUGUGGCUAGUGCCUCCCAGCCCAGCUUACCGCCAGAGCCUCAAUUGUCUCCCGUUGGGAAGAGCAGGAAACCGAUGAAUAUUGCUACUAGCACUUUCCAGGCCAUGCCUGUCGAGGUGGAACACAUAGACAUUGGUGGGCCCCAAAUACCAGGUCCAAAACCUGCGGCAGAUCGUUUCUUUGAAAAAUCAAGUGGACCUGCUGCAGCCUCCCAGAGCCCACCCAAGAACUACGGAGAAGCCGAGGACAACAACCAUGACAUAGACGUGGAUGAGCUCUUUGGCGGCACAAUCUCCGACUAUGAGGAGGACGACACUGAACAAGAGAAGAAUAACUCUGGAGUCAACAUGAACUCUCCACGCGAAAAUCAGAGCGAUGAUGAGAUAGCUGAUGUGGACGAUUGUGGUGAUGAUGAAGGGGAGAGGGGCCAGAAUGCUGCUGAUGCCCUGAGAGCUCAGCUUAAUGCUGAGGGAGGGAGGAGUGACCGGAGCUCGAGCUCGAGCAGUAGCAGCGAUAGUGGCAGUGACAGUGGAAGCAGCAGCAGCAGUGGGAGUGAAGCGAGCGAUGAUGACUCGGUCAACUCUGUCUAAGAAGGAGAAUCCUUAUGUAGGCCCAGUCUUGAAGACAAAUCUUUCUUCGAGGUUAGUUAUACGAGUUCCACGCUAAUCAUCUCGGGGCCUAUGAUUUCCAGCAGCAUAUAGGCUAAAGAAUCCUCUUAGAUAAGGUUGAGAUGGCAGAUAAAGAACUUUGACGAAGAUAUGGCACAGGAAGAGCAAUCCACCGGAUUCGGCUCUUGGGGAAGAUUAAUAUCUCAAUAAGACCAUCCUAUUUUUAGAGGGAUGGUAUUUUAUUUAGACACGAGAAUUUUUGUGGGAUUAUUUUGUGUUUUGAUAAGAUGAUCCAGACAUUUUUGGUGUUAUCUAUAUGUGGAACAGGUCUCUCUUCUCUUUUGGCUCAAAAUGUAUCCAAAGAAUUUCGAUUUGCCAGGAUGAGAUGUUGGUAUUUUGAUCAAUAAAAUGGCUGCGAAGACAUUUGUUGUCCAA